CCUCCCUGUCCUGACAGAGCUUGAAGCAGCGGCUCGGCAAGAGCAACAUCCAGGCCCGUUUGGGGAGACCGGUGGGGGGCCUUCAGCGAGGUGCCGGCGGAAUGCGAGGCGGUGGUAUGGGAAUGCGGGGCUCCCAGCGAGGCAUGAUGCGGGCUGGCCGGGGAGGUAGAGGAAUGCCAAGGGGAGCGAUGAGCAUGAGAGGGCAAAACCUCCGAGGCCGUGGCGGUCCUCCAAGAAUUGGAAUGAGGAGAGGUGGGCUGCGAGGACGUGGCAUGGCUGGAAGAGGGGGACUCAGAGGCGGAGUCAUGAACCGUGGUGGUGCAGGAGGAAGAGGCCGCGGCGGUGUCAUCGCUCGGGGCAGAGGAGGGUUCAGCCGAGGACGAGGCCGCGGUAGAGGAAGGGGAUCCGCACGGCCAGCACUGACCCGUGAGCAGCUCGACAACCAGCUGGACGCUUACAUGUCCAAGACGAAAGGCCACCUGGACGCCGAGCUGGACGCCUACAUGGCUCAGGCGGACCCCGAAACAAACGACUGA